AUGUCAAGAACUAUGCGGAUUAAUCCAUGGUUGUUAAUGGUCACGUUCGCCUGCGUGACAGUCGCAUCGCCGGAAUAUUUGAUGGGAGGCCAUAUGGACAACAGUCCAUCAAAGUCCUUGCUGGAACAGAUGGAAUCUUCUCCGAGUUUGGCAAGGACGGCGCAGCUGGAUGACCUUGACCUGGAUCUAGAUGCGGAGGAGAGCACCGCCGCCGUCUUGACGUCGGACGACGAAGAAACGCCACGUUAUCACCUUCCUUAUCCUUUCGCCUUUAACGGUGGCAGGCCGUUCUCGCUCGAGAAGGAUCCCAUCACCGGUAAAAUCGACUUCGAGAAGGCGCCGCCCGUCAAAGCCCUGAAUCUUAGCACUCGUUAUCAAGAGAACGAGGAUGAGAAGCAUGUAAGCAAGAACCAAUCGAAGGAAAAUAGUGGUUAUCUAGAAAAAAAGAAGGUGAAAAACAGCAAGGAGACUGACGACGUCAGUCCAAACGAGAUCAAUCCUUACUCGCCUAAUUUUCACGAUUUCUUGAAUCUUCCUGUUCAUUAUUCCUCCGACAAGUAUGGUAAGGACAAAUAUCCAUUGAUAUCAAGUUCCUACGCGAAUACAAAGGUCCAAAGCGGAUCAAACAGCUACAGUACUUACAAUCACAAGCCUUAUCACGGAGAGACGGUGAUGUACUAUCCUACCAGAAAACCGUACAUGCCUAAGACAACUUCGAUCACAACUACGACAACGACAACGACUCCUAGACCAACGCCAUCGACCACGCCUAGCACCACUACCACUUCUACGACUCCCAGAACCACGACAAUUCCAACAACGACAACUACUGUGACUACUACCACUUCUACCACGACUACACCUAGUUCCCAACCAUUUACUACUUUUACUUCCACUUCGACGAAGGCACCUGUUGUGACAACCUGGAAGCCUCCUGUCUCCACUCCGAAACGAUUUGUCGAUCAUCUUGACGAUUACGACGAUAUCCUGCCGAUAGAAAAACUUCAGUCGUCUGUGUACAGCAAUGGGAAUCAAGGGCCGAAUAACAUACUGCAAUAUAACGGGGACCCCCAGACAAAGCCUCCUACAAAGCACGAAGAAUACAUAGAUAGUUACGAAGAUUACGAAAUCGGAGAUGCAGAGGACGCAAAGGAUUACGUCUCGAUGAAAGAGGCGACCGGUGAAGUAACGAAGACUAGUACGUUCUUUAGUACAACGUCGGCUGUUCCUAACAUAACAACGACUACCGGAACUCCUGAAACUACUCCUGUAACCACCACGAGCACGAGCACAAGCACGAGCACGAGCACGAGCACGGUAGUUCCUUCGUCAUCGACGAUGUACUCUUCACCAGUAUCUGAAGAGAGUAGCUUCCAGAGUAACUCGUUACCGUUCCAAGCUCAUUCCCCACGCCCAGUAACGUCUGUAUCCUUGGACAAUGAGCACAGAGUGCCGUUGGUGUUCGAAAGUGAUAACCGAAGACACGGCAUUACGGACAACGUAAUCAUAAAUCAGGCAUAUCGUCCAAACCAGAGGCCAAACGGAUUAGGCGGUGGAAUUCUGGUGGAGAGCACCAGUAAUAUUGUGAUACCACCUGAUCAAGACACAGUGUCCUUUGUCCUUGGAAAUAGGCAGAACGUCGAGGGCGGGUAUUAUUCCUUGGGAACCGCGAUCGGGGAGAAUCCUUACGCCGGUUCUACUGGAAUCGAUGCCUCCUUCCGACCUUUGUACGGUGCCUCGCCGGAUAAGGGCAAUUACGAUCCACAGCCAGACUACCGAGGAACGAUCGGUUUGCCAUCGGUAUCCAUACUGGAGAGUAAUCCCACCUACGCUGCUCAAACGUGGACACAGCCUAAUCCCACUGGGACCCAAAAGUUAGCCAACGAGGUAGAACCUUCUAAAACGCAGAGUUCGUUCGUGAAAGGCAGCGUGUUCAGGGAACAACCGGAGGACAAGAACGAUGAUAAAGACGUCAACUACGUGGUGUUUCCUAAAGACGAACCUAAGCAACCAAUCAUAGAAGAACAUAUCGUUGUUAUAAACGAAGCUGAUGGUACCGUGCAUGAAAUAACACCAUCCUCCACGACGUUAAAGCCUGUAAGAGUGGAUCCACCGGUUACGAACGAAGAACACCUGCCGCAACUUUCGGAGAACUUGACUCCACCGGCUGAACGGCCAAAGCCGCCUCCGCAGUUCUAUUAUCACUAUCAUCACGGAGGUAUGACGGUAAGACCGGAUCAUCCAAGACCUCAAAGACUGCCUUUACCACCUCGUGGCAAGCAGCCACCGUCUCCUCCUCUUCCGCCCCCCUCAGAACCUAUAGGGAUAAGAAGACGUCCUUAUUCACCCGAUUCAAACCUGCCAAAUAUUCUACCGCAGUUUCGCCCGAAUGCUAAAACGUCUCACGGGCAUCGUGGAUCAGAGGCCAUUGGAACGAUCCCAGCUGGUCAGGGUUAUCCUACCAGAGUGAGACAGCCUGUUCAAUCGUAUCCUCCGACCAGAAGGCCACUACCUCCGCCUCCGUCUUAUCUACAAAGGUUAAAUCCUCCUCCUCCCCCGAUUCACGUUGUCAAGCUUGCUGGCGUGGCUUCUACGAAAUCCGAGAACAUAGUGCCUCCGCGAGAUGCAGAAUCCACGGUCAAGAGGUUUCGUCUGCCACCGGUAUCAGCCACAUCCAGGGGAGAGGACGACGUCAAACUGGCGCAACGUGUGUCCAACCAGAAACUGCGGCUGGAGGAAGAGGAACAGUCAGAACGUUACUCGGAGGAGCCGCCUCAAGUGCCACCGAGGCCUCCCUUGUUCCCUAAACGAAGAACUGCGGAUCCACCGCACGUAGCUACUCUCCAGAUGAUUCAACAGCAUGGAGAAUUCGAAGAGGAUAUCACGGAGCCGAAUCUGCCGUCAAUGGAUGCGAACGUGAACGAUGAUGAGUCGGACAGGAUAGUGACCGAGCAGAACGCAGAUAGAAGAAAGUUCGACAGUCACGAGCCGAUGGCCGAGCCUCCAGUUUACGUGGUCUAUCCGGUAAAUACUGCCGUGAAUAUUCAUCCUGACGAUUCCAGGGAGAAAGACGAGAGCGUGGUUGUUGGGACGAGAGGGCCGCACAGACCUCUGCCUCCGGAAACGUUGCUGCAAGAUAACGAGGAUCAAGAGAUAAACGAAGAAGCAAGACCUGUUCACAACGUGUUCAACGGGCGACCAGUUGUCUCGGAUUUCCCAUAUCCUUUGGAACGUCCUGAUCCUUCUAUUCUUGUCAACGGAAUGAGGGAGACACCGUUAUUGGUGCCCAGCGAUCAGCGACAAGAAGAUGAUCCUACGCAGGAGAAUACAGAAGAGAAAGACGAGAAGGACUCCAGCGUAAACGUGAUACCGUAUCUACAGGAUUUCGUGCCUUUCCCACCGAGGAAGAACGAGGUCAUCUCGGCCACUCUUCAUCGUCUGCCAGCGUCGCCAUCCUCUACGCCAAUUGCCUACGUUUACACCCCGACAGCUCAAGCUUCUCAUCGGUUAGACAUGGAUGUACGCGACGAGGACAUCUCUAAAACUGAGAAGAGCGAUCAGAAGCCCGUUCUGUUGCCUUCGCAGCAACCAUCCAGUUCCUCCAGUUCCGCGCCGUCACCGCAGAAUUUCAUGGCGCCGUUCGUGGCAAGCAUCAGCGCCGAAGCACCUUCGAAAAACGGCUGGAGCGUUGUCGUGGUUGAACCUACCAUCAACAGAAAGUCGGACGACGAUCCGUCCGAGACCACGUCGAACGCAGAUGACAGCCAGACAGAAAAGGCUGAGUUUGACGCUGAGAAUUUCAAACCGCAGCUUUUUGGCGGAUUCAAACCGAUUUACGAGUUCCCUACGCAGAACGAGUACCAAAGGCCAGAGCGUAGAGAGCCCAACGACCCGGAAACAGAAAUGAGCACACACCUUCAGGUGUCUGGCAAUUCGACGGUUUGA